GUAAAGGGAGGAUAUGAGUGAAGUUGUCGGCAAUGGCGGAUCCGACGCUCGUCACCGCGAAGGCGGAAACGCGCCAACGUCGAUACAGGUCGAGGCUACGAAGAAGAAGCGCAAGGAGCAUGCCCAUACUGGCUUCACUGCGGCGACGAUGCGAGCCUUGAGCGCCCGUCUUCUCACUUUCUAUUUUAGAGCGCCCAUCAAGGCGUUUUUUAGACCCCGGAUAGAUUACAUGGGCUACGCAAGAGCCAUAAACCCGGGCGUGCAGGCAGGUCAAUCGUGGUCUUGGCGCAUGACUUCUCCUAUGCUUCUGGCUUCAGCAGUCCAGCAACACGGGUGGAGAUUUCUGCCGUAUCAGGUCCUGCCGCCUCUUAUUGCCAAUACCGCAGUCGGUGCAGUCCUGUAUACGGCAUAUCUCCAGACGUUGAGCUUGAUUCACGAGCCCAACUCCAUGUCAACCAAAAGGGUGUUUCCACCCCCCUCAUGGGGCACAUGCUUUUCCGCGGGGUUCCUGGCUGGAACGAUACAGAGCUUCAUUGCAGCCCCAUUAGAUGCCCUUCAAGUCAGAUUCCAGAGUGCCGAGAUGAUGGAUGGAAAGUACCGUAACAUGUGGCAUUACGGUUUGCGCAAGACCCAAGAGAUUGGAGCCCGAGGUGUCUUUGCGGGAUGGUCCUUGUCACUCCUGAGAGACUCCUUCGGCGCUGGCGUCUUCUUCGCAACCUUCGAGACUGUCAAGUCUCAAGCUUUCUACAGUUUCGUGAGUCAUUACUAUGGCAGCUGGCAGCAGCUUUCAGACACGCAACGAGAAUCCAUUUCAGUGCAGAAAACACACGGCGCUUCUAAUCGUGCGGAGAUCCGACCUCAUUACAUGGUGGAGCCUGCUUUCCUACUCCUAGCCGGCGUCGCUGCUUCUGUCGCACAGGCAGUCAUACAGCACCCACUAAGUCGCAUCCAAGAGAUUCACUAUGGGAGACUGGAGUACAUCGACAACCACACACAUACGAAACCGGGCCAAAGGAAAGUUCGUGCGUUGAGGCUAUACGCUGCGGCGUAUCGUAAAACAAUGAAGCAUGUUCUUGCGCUGGCACGGAGAGAUGGCGGAUUGCGGCCGUGGCUUUUCCGGCAUUUCAUAUCAAACACGAUCCGGCAGGUUCCUUCCACCAGUGCUGGACUCAUCGUAUUCGAGGUCAUAAGAAGAGCUUAUGGUAUGGACGAGGAGCCCGUUCGCAUACCCAAGGAUGGUUACGAGAUUUUGCUGACCUGAUCUGGCAAUCUGAUACAACUACACCAUCUUGGUCAAUAUUCGUCGCCUAUCGGGAUCUCUGCUCUGCCUCUUUCUCCACGACUGCCUGCCACACCAGUCCGCCAUCGAGACACGCUCUCGGCUGCGCAAUCGGGCUAUUUUUGACCAAAUCAGCAGAACGACUGCGGAUCACAAGCCCUGUCGUCGUCCGUCUCGGGUAUCCAUCUGAGACUUCUCUACUCCUUUCCAAAGUGACAAUCUGGUUUUGGAAAUCGCGCCAGCAAUCGCUCCUUUUCUUCAACCCCCCUCACCCCUCUUUACCCACCCUUCUCGCUUUCAACUGGCCAUCAGAUUCCCGUAUCACCUCUGCUAGGGUCUGGAAUGCGUUCUUGUGGAGUUUCUCGAGGAGUUGGUUACGUCUUGCGCAAGGGUAAGAAUUUGGUUUAUCUUGUUGGAUAUGCCAUCAGAGAGUCCCUUUCUGGAUUGAUAUAGAAAUGAGGCUCGUCUCACGAAGAGCAUCUGGAGGAGCAGGGUUCACGGAAGACGAGUGGUUGGUACUCUGCUUGUAUAUGAGAAUAUAGAACAAAAAAACCAAGGCUUCCGAGUCCAUUCAC